GGUCUCGCCCCCCGUUGAUCCCCGCGCGGUUCCGUUGCAGGCGCGGGGCACCCCAUGAAGCCGCAUCGCCUGGCGCUCACCCACAGCCUGGUGCUGCACUACGGGCUCUACAAGAAGAUGAUCGUUUUCAAGCCAUACCAGGCGUCCCAGCACGACAUGUGCCGCUUCCACUCCGAGGAUUACAUCGACUUCCUGCAGAGAGUGAGUCCCAACAACAUGCAGGGCUUCACCAAGAGCCUCAACGCCUUCAACGUGGGCGACGACUGCCCAGUGUUUCCAGGCCUCUUUGAGUUUUGCUCUCGUUAUACCGGGGCCUCCCUGCAGGGAGCAACACAACUGAACAACAAGAUCUGUGACAUCGCCAUAAACUGGGCAGGGGGCCUCCAUCAUGCCAAGAAGUUCGAGGCUUCUGGUUUUUGUUAUGUUAAUGACAUCGUUAUCGGCAUCCUGGAGCUGCUCAAGUAAGGACACGGGCAAGGACUGACCUGUCCUGCCUGGUUGUGCUUUUCCUCUGCUGC